AACAAAUCCCAUUCACCGUCAGAGAUUCCUGGUAUCCAAUUUCGUUUUCUCAGGUCACCCAUUAGGCCAUUAGCCCAUUAGAUUCGCUGAUUCGCUAAGAGAUUUUGUGAAAAGAAAGAGGAAUCUUUCGUGUUUGAAUAAAAAUGCAUCUGUGUCGUCAGUCAGUCGCCCUUUUAUCUCUAGCUUCCACGAAGUAUACUAUCAGCAUGUGAGCAUGCAUUCUCCCCUCCACUGCUUAAAUAAUGCAUUCUCUUCCCAUCUCAAACCCCUCAAAAAUCAAAAGCCAAAAUCUGUCUCAGUUUAGCAGCAGCUGUAAGUGUCAGAAGAAGAAAAGGAAGAGAUGGAAAAUUGGCAUUUCAAGCCGAAUGGGGAGGUGAACACAGCUGCUGAUAUCACCAUCAGAGGGAUACUCAACAUGAUCAUGGGUGCUCUUGAUGCCAAAGACCCCAGGCCCACUAUCCCUCUUGGUCAUGGCGAUCCCUCUGUUUUCCCCUGCUUUCGGACGACUCCAGUUGCUGAAGAUGCCAUUGCUGAUGUUCUUCGCUCUGCCAAGUUCAACUGUUACGCCCCCAACGUUGGUAUUCCUCCGGCAAGAAGAGCUAUUGCUGAAUAUCUCUCUACUGAUCUUCCAUAUAAGUUGUCACCUGAUGAUGUUUAUCUAACUGUUGGUUGUGCACAAGCAAUUGAAGUUGUACUUACUGUCCUUGCUCGCCCUGGUGCCAAUAUUCUGCUACCAAGACCGGGGUACCCAUAUUAUGAAGCUCGUGCGGCUUUUAGUCAUAUCGAAGUUCGUCAUUUCGAUCUUCUCCCUGAAAAUGGUUGGGAGGUUGACCUUGAUGCUGUUGAAGCUCUUGCAGAUGAGAAUACAGUUGCAAUGGUCAUCAUUAAUCCAGGAAAUCCCUGUGGAAAUGUCUAUAGUUAUCAACAUUUGGAAAAGGUUGCUGAGACUGCAAAAAAGCUUGGUAUUUUGGUAAUUGCUGAUGAAGUUUAUGAUCAUCUCACUUUUGGGUGUAAUCCAUUUGUUCCCAUGGGAGUGUUUGGAGAAACUGUUCCUGUCCUUACACUUGGGUCCAUAUCAAAGAGAUGGAUAGUGCCUGGUUGGAGACUUGGUUGGCUUGUAACUAGUGAUCCUAAUGGCAUCCUUAAGGAAACCAAGAUUGUUGACUGCAUUAUAGGAUGUCUCAAUAUCUCAUCUGAUCCAGCAACUUUUAUUCAGGGAGCAAUUCUGCAAAUCCUUGAGAAAACAAAAGGUGAUUUCUUUAAGAAGAUAAUUGACAUAUUGAGGCAAGAUGCAGAUAUUAUUUAUCAGAGAAUAAGGGAGAUAGGUUGCAUUACUUGCCCACACAAACCAGAGGGGUCCAUGUUUGUAAUGGUCAAGCUUGACCUCUCACUUCUAGAAGAUAUUAAGGAUGAUAUGGACUUUUGCUUCAAAUUAGCCAAAGAGGAAUCUGUGAUUGUUCUUCCAGGUGUCUCUGUGGGACUGAAAAAUUGGCUUCGCAUCACUUUUGCUAUCGAGCCAUCUUCACUUGAAGAAGCCCUGGAGAGGAUAAAAUCUUUCUGUAAGAGGCAUGCCAAGAAAAAAUAAUAUAUUUUCCAGCACACUGUCUAACUAAUUGCUUGGGAGUAAUAGAUAUUUGGGGGGAUCUCCAACUACCUGUUGGAUAUCAUGCUUCAUUCUGUUGAUGUUAUUAGCUAUAGUGUAUGCUUGUUGGCCUUGAACAUGUGAUUCAAAGUGUUUAAAUUUGGUGGCACAUUGAUGUCUGUGAUAUCUGAACUAAAAUGGAACUUUCUAAAAUCGCACAAUAUGAUUCUAUUGCCACUA